AGCCUUCUACUUACUGAAAGAUGUCAGCAAUUGGAGUAGUGUCCUCCUGUUCCUGUCUCUGUCCUGGUGUAUGGCUGCUGAAAGGAGGGAUGCAGAAGAUGAGCUCCUUCAGCUUCCAUACAGCAGCCAGGUGUGCUGCCAAGGAUUAUUAUGAAGUGCUUGUGUUGGGUGGAGGCACUGGUGGAAUCACCAUGAGUGCUCGGAUGAAAAGGAAAGUGGGGGCAGGAAAUGUGGCUGUUGUUGAGCCAAGUAAGACUCAUUACUAUCAGCCACUGUGGACCCUGGUUGGUGGUGGUGCAAAGCAGCUGGCAGCAUCUGCACGUCCAACAGGAAGUGUGAUGCCUAAAGGUGUUGAGUGGAUCCAAUCUCGAGUCACAGCAUUGGAUCCAGAUAGGAACUGUGUCUGCCUGGAGAAUGAUGCCAAGGUAUCUUACAAGUAUCUGAUAAUUGCCCUUGGGAUUAGUCUGCAUUAUGAAAAGAUCAAAGGCUUGCCUGAAGGUUUUCAUCACCCUAAAAUAGGUUCCAAUUAUUCAGUUCAUACGGUAGAGAAAACAUGGAAAGCUUUACAAGAUUUCAAGGAAGGAAAUGCUAUCUUCACUUUUCCAAAUACUCCAGUGAAGUGUGCAGGAGCUCCUCAGAAGAUCAUGUAUUUAUCAGAAGCCUACUGGAGGAAAACAGGAAAACGUUCCAAAGCAGACAUAAUGUUCAACACUUCACUUGGUGCCAUCUUUGGUGUGAAGAAGUAUGCUGAUGCAUUGCUUGAAAUAAUAAAGGAGAGGAAUAUUGCUGUUAACUAUAAGCGCAACCUCGUAGAAGUUCGAGCGGACAAGCAGGAGGCUGUGUUUGAAAACUUGGACAAACCUGGAGUGACUGAAGUUCAUCAGUAUGAAAUGCUUCAUGUCACACCUCCAAUGGGGCCACCUGAUGUACUCAUCAACAGUCCUGUCGCAGAUGAAAAUGGCUGGGUGGAUGUAGAUAAGGAAACUCUGCAACAUAAAAAGUAUCCUAAUGUAUUUGGUAUUGGAGACUGCACCAACCUUCCAACCUCAAAAACAGCUGCAGCUGUAGCUGCACAGUCUGGAGUGCUUGAUAAAACUAUUUCCCUGGUAAUGAAGAACCAGCUGCCAACUAAAAAGUAUGAUGGAUAUACUUCCUGCCCGCUCGUAACAGGCUACAACAAGGUGAUUCUGGCAGAAUUUGACUAUGAUGCUCAGCCUUUGGAGACCUUUCCCAUUGACCAGAGCAAGGAGAGGGUAACCAUGUACCACAUGAAAGCUGAUAUGAUGCCUGUUCUCUAUUGGAAUGCACUACUUAAGGGAUACUGGGGAGGACCAGCUCCUAUCAGGAAGCUAAUGCAUCUGGGCUUGAAGUAA